AUGGAGGACUACACUCUUCCCUUCGUCAUAUACAUAUGCGUGCUGACGGUCUUCCUCGGCGGAGCGGUGAAAAAGAUUCUGGCCUCGCAGCUGAGUGGCGCGUCCACCGUUAUGGCGUGGCUAGGUGCGACCGUUUUGGCGGAGAGGCUGUGGUCGCUGUGCGUGCCGGCUGCCAUAUUGCUGGUUGCCGGGGGGAUGGCGUGGGGGCUUCACCGCGGCCUCAGGAGAAGGAGCAGGCCGGUCUCGCUGCUGUCGGCCAAUGGGAAAGCCGUGUUCAUCACAGGCUGUGACUCUGGGUUUGGUUGGGCCACGGCGAAGCACUUGGACUCCCUGGGCUUUGAGGUCUUUGCCACAGUCUUGGAUCGGAGUGGAGACGGCCCCCAGGAGCUGCUUCGGAGCUGCCCUCGGGUCACUCUGCUUCAGGUGGACAUCACACAGCCUCAGCAAGUCCAGCAGGCCCUUUCUGAGACCAGGGCCAAACUCGGACUCAGAGGUCUGUGGGGGCUGGUGAACAACGCUGGCGUGUGUGUGAACUUCGGCGACUCGGAGCUGUCCCAGGAGUCGAACUUCCGAGGCUGCAUGGAGGUGAACUUCUUCGGGACGAUCGCAGUGACUCAGAGCUUCCUGCCUCUGCUGCGGAAGGCCAAAGGUCGCAUCGUCACCAUCUCCAGUCCAGCAGGAGACCUUCCCUUCCCGUGUCUGUCGGCGUACGGCUCGUCUAAAGCUGCUCUCAACCUCUUCAUGAACACUCUGAGGCACGAGCUGACGCAGUGGGGAGUCCAGGUGUCCACCGUGCUCCCGGCCGCUUUCAAGACCGGCCAGUCCUCCAACCAGGCCUACUGGGAGCAGCAGCACAAGUCCCUGCUGCAGUCUCUGUCUCCAUCUCUGCUGGAGGAGUACGGCGAGGACUAUCUGACCGAGACCAAGGAGCUGUUCCAGUCUCACGCGCGCACCGCCAACCCGGACCUGAGCCCGGUCGUGGACACCAUCGUGGAGGCCCUGCUCAGCCCGCACCCGCAGGCGCGCUACUACGCCGGUCCAGGGGUGGCGCUCAUGUACUUCAUCCACAGCUACUGCCCGUUCAGCGUGUGCAACAAGUUCCUGCAGAAACUGUUCAUGCAGAAGAAGCUGAUGCCGCGGGCGCUGAGGAAGCAGACCGCGUUCCAGAUGGACCUGCACCACAACAACAAUAACAACAAUAAUAAUAAUAAUAAUAACAACAAUAAUGACAAGAAGUUUGUGAAGUGA